ACACGACAGUAUGUACCAUAUAUUAAUACACUGGAAUAAGAAGGACAAACAUAGCGGAAGUAAAAAAGUUCGACAUGGCGAGCAGUGGUGCUGCUACUGGCGGUGGAGGAAAGGUCUCCUUCAAAGUGACGCUCACCUCCGAUCCCAAGCUCCCUUUCAAGGUGUUUAGCGUACCGGAAGCAGCCCCAUUUACCGCUGUUCUGAAAUUUGCAGCCGAGGAAUUUAAAGUCCCUCCCCAAACCAGCGCUAUCAUCACCAAUGGCCACAGGAGGAGUUAUUUUACAGAGCAACCUGUUUUCUUCCUCGCAGAUGGGGUAGGAAUCAAUCCUCAACAAAGUGCAGUCCGGGCGCUACGGUAUUUAAAGCGGAUCAUCCAGACCCAGAAACGGCCAUGUCUUACUGCAGAUCAAUAACUAAAAUGAAGGCCCCAUUCAGAAAUCUCACAUGAUCGUAUUUAUGGCUUUACCAACAAUGUGGACUUAGCAUCCAGGCAUUCAAUGAAUGCUCCUGUUUAUAAACUGUAAAAUCAUUUCUAGUCUUUAUCUUGUCAUUUUGCAUUUAAUUCUAAACCUGAUCUGUUCUUUGAGAGGUGUUUAAUUGUGCAUAAGGAGUUGGAGUUUAAUACGUGCACCCGUAGACGGCUGGGAGAUGACGAGCUGUGAAAACGAUAGAUAUCCUAGAGAAUUCAAAAAGGUAAAGAUUGCGUUCCAGUCUCUUUCUCGCUCUUUGGUUCAGCGUUUCCUCCGCAAGCAGCCAGCGAAGCCAUAAUCUAACAAGUCGGUAAUAGAGUGGCCUAAUGAAGAGGAGGUCCACCAUGAAGACCAUCGUCAUUGCAAUUGUUAUUGUGGGAUCGUAUAAAGUGGGUGGAGGGUGAAUGAGGACGAAUGCACUUGAAUCUGUAAGCAGUGGGCAUCAUCACUUUCAGUGACCUGUUAACGUCCUAAUUAGACAACAGUAUGGAUGGAGGGCCCCAUGGUAUUUCAAUUGUAGUGCCCAAAAGGUAGACACGUCUCUCCAUAUCCUAGUGCACUCGGCACUCAUGGCUAUUAUUUUUCUGAUUUUUUAUGAUUUUUUUUUCUUAGUUUCUAGUCCUACUUGGUAUAUUUGCUAUCCCUCUUGGGUUUUUUUUUUUUUUUACUACAUUUGAGAUUUUAUUCUCGUUUUGCGCUCUAGGUGAUUUGAGUUUUUCAAUUUUAUCUUAGAUCAAGCGAUGUUGUGUUCUUGAGGAGGAAUCAGCUGAUAAGAAUUUUGUUUGGAUGAUCUAAUGGCUAAGUAAAGGUGAUAUAAUUAGAGCUUUGAUCAA